UCCUCCAUCAUCCAACGGUAAAGCCGUAAAAAUUCCCCACAAUCCUCGCCUUCCCCCCAAACCUCUCCGCCUCCCACCGCCUUUCAGUUUCAAACCCUCCCCUCCGUCAUGGCCGCCUCUUCCUCCCACGGCGGCUGCGGCGGCGGCGACGACGACAACGAACCCUUCCUCCUGGGCUUCGUCGUCGCCAAGCUCGUCGGCCUCCGCCACUACUCCAGCACCAUCAACGGGCGCGAGAGCGUCAGCCUCGUCCGCGAGCCCCUCAAUCGCUACGACGCCAACGCCAUCGCCGCCCACAACCGCCGCGGCGAAAAGGUCGGCCACGUCGACCGCGACACCGCCAGGGUCCUGGCCCAUCUCCUCGACACCCGCCUCGUCGCCGCCACCCACGCCAUAGUGCCCAAGCACCCCUCCGGCAAGAACAGGCCCAAGCCCUUCAAACUCCCCUGCCAGGUCCACCUCUUCGCCCACCCGGCCUCCGCCGACGCCGUUCGGAGCGCCGUCUCCGGCAGCGGCCUCUCCCUCAUCGACACCGGCCACGCCGAGUUCUCCUUCUCCGAGUCCGCCAUCGUGCAGGAGCAGACCAAGAAGUCCGACCGGGAUGUCGACAGGCUGUUCGCGCGUGUGGUCAAGGAAGGGGAGGGCCGGAUCAAGCCGAUGGAGGCGCCCGAGGAUGUCGUGGUGUCGGACCUGUUCGAGCACCAGAAGGAUGCUUUGGGAUGGCUGGUGCACCGGGAGGAGUCCUGUGACCUGCCGCCGUUCUGGGAAGAGGAUAAAGAUGGUGGCUAUCAGAAUGUGCUUACGAGCCAGAAGACAAAGGAGCGGCCGCUGCCACUAAAGGGCGGGAUUUUUGCUGAUGAUAUGGGGCUUGGCAAGACACUCACGCUGUUGUCGUUGAUUGCGAGAAGUAAAGCUCGCAAUGUAGUUGCGAAGAAGGGGAAGGGGACUAAAAGGAGGAAGGUUGAUGAUGCGGGGCAGGAGUCGAGGACGACACUUGUGGUGUGCCCGCCCUCAGUGUUCUCGUCUUGGGUGACACAAUUGGAGGAGCACACGGAGGCAGGCAGCCUGAAGGUGUAUAUGUACCAUGGGGAGAGAACAAAAGAUAAGAAGGAGCUGUUAAAGUAUGACAUUGUGAUUACCACUUACAGCAUCUUGGGCAUCGAGUUUGGACAGGAGGGCUCACCCGUGAACGAUAUUGAGUGGUUCCGAGUGAUUCUCGAUGAGGCCCAUGUGAUCAAGAACUCUGCAGCUCGGCAGACUAAGGCUGUGAUUGCUUUGAACGCACAGAGGCGGUGGGUGGUCACAGGGACACCAAUUCAGAAUAGCUCAUUUGAUUUGUACCCGCUUAUGGCAUUUUUGAAGUUCGAACCUUUCUCAAUCAAGAGCUACUGGCAGAGUUUGAUCCAGAGCCCCCUAGUGAAAGGGGAUAAGGCUGGGCUGUCACGGCUACAAAACCUCCUAGGUGCUAUCUCGCUGCGCAGAACCAAGGAGACAGAGAGUGGAAGCAAGAGCUUGGUUAACAUUCCGCCUAAAACUGUUGUAGCAUGCUACAUUGAGCUUUCUUCAGAGGAACGUGAGUACUAUGACCAGAUGGAAUUGGAAGGGAGAAACAAAAUGCUGGAGUUUGGUGCUGGAGAUUCUAUUAUGCGUAAUUACUCUACUGUGCUCUAUUUCAUUCUGAGGCUCCGUCAGCUCUGCAACGAUGUAGCACUGUGCCCUUUAGACAUGAAGGCAUGGCUUCCUGGCAGCUCCCUUGAAGAUGUGUCUAAAAACCCAGAGUUGUUGAAGAAGCUAGCCUCACUGGUGGACGAUGGAGAUGAUUUCGACUGUCCAAUUUGCCUCUCUCCUCCAUCUAAAACUGUCAUAACCAGCUGCACUCACAUAUACUGCCAAACCUGCAUCUUAAAAAUCCUGAAGAGCUCUAGCUCCCGUUGUCCAAUAUGCCGGCACGCCCUAUCCAAGGAAGACCUCUUUAUUGCUCCGGAGGUACAACAUCCUGAUGAAGAUGGCUCAGGCAAUCUUGGCUCUGACAAACCUCUCUCUUCCAAGGUGCAAGCUCUGCUGGAGCUACUGAAGCGUUCGCAGAAGGAAGACCCCCUAUCAAAGUCUGUCGUCUUCUCCCAGUUCAGGAGGAUGUUGAUUCUGCUCGAAGGGCCACUGAAAAGAGCAGGCUUCAACAUACUACGUCUUGAUGGCUCCAUGAGCGCGAAGAAGAGGUCAGAUGUCAUCAAGCGUUUUGCCAUGGUUGGCCCUGACACCCCAACCGUGCUGCUGGCCAGCCUGAAGGCCGCGGGAGCCGGCAUAAACCUGACGGCAGCGUCGACAGUAUACCUGUUCGACCCCUGGUGGAACCCUGGGGUGGAGGAGCAGGCCAUGGACCGGGUGCACCGGAUCGGGCAGAAGAAAGCGGUGAAGGUGGUGAGGCUCCUGGUGAAGGGCAGCAUCGAGGAGAGGAUCCUGGAGCUGCAGGAGAGGAAGAAGAGGCUGAUCAGCGGCGCCUUCGGGAGGAAAGGAGGAGCCAAGGAGAACAAGGAGAUGCGCCUCGAGGAGCUGCGUCUGAUGAUGGGCAUAUCAUCGCCUGCCUGGGGCCGUUAGCCUGGUAGUGGAGUACCAUUUUCUGAAUCCUAUCCCACCCAAAGGGAAAGUGAUGAUGGUAGCCUCAGAGAAUGUUGCUGCACUGCAUGCAUGUAUUUUUGGUCCGUGUGGUGGAACAUGUAUGCAUGCCUGAGGCCAAAGAGGGAAGGAAACUUGCUGAAGAGGAGCUCCCCUGUUUUGCAAAAACUUGUAGUAGUAGCUGGUGCACCUGGCAUCGAUCCCCUCUAGUAUCUUUUUGCUGUGUAGCAUCUCAUAUCAUUGCAGGAGUAUGGAAUAUAGGACAGUAGGUGUAGAACAAGUUUCCUGCACAAGUGAUAUGGAAUAGGACAACAUGCAUGUAUGUGUAUGCCUGUGAUGAUGCUAAAACACUGACCUCACCUAGGUUCGUUCAGACUUCAGUGUUAGUUAGAGAUAGUCAAGGAUGCAGGGUUCUAGACUUGAGUUACGUUGCUGUGCUUGCUUGUGUGUUGGUGGUAUGCCUUCCUUGGCCUCGUCAGAUCAUCUGACUGAGACGAGGCUGAAGAAACGAUUUCAGAACGGAUCGAAGAUGGGGAACCAGAUUUUGUCACUCCCUCCAUUACAUAAUUCUUGUCAAAA